GUAUCUGGAAGUCCCGAAGGCUGUUCAGGGGACGCAGAACAAGAUCACAGAAGAAGGAGGCUUCAGCAGCGCCAGCGAGGACGAUGCCCUGCUUGACUCCGAGCCUGUCGAGGAGGUGGCACCCAUGUUCCUCAGCCUGCGGACCCAAAUCCGGGUGGACGAUGACUCUCCAAUGGCGAGCUUCGACGACAUUCCUGCCUUCGGAGCAUCCUUCGGUGACGGAAGCUUCCUGAAGAAGCGAACGAAUUUCGACAUCCCCGAGGAGCCAAAUGCUGAUUGGCCUUUGCCAGAAAGGUUGACUCCGGCGGGAUCGGAGGUCAGUUUCAAGCCGAUGAAAGAGUUCGGCACCGAAACCCUGGUCUUCACAGAGGAAGGCGACGACGAUGGAGGCUCUGCGCCGGACUUCAUUGACCUUGACAUGGAUUUGCUCGACCUGCAUGAAGAGGGCGAGGAGGAGCACCCACCUCCGCUGUCACCUCUAGCAGGAGGGACUCCCACCCUGUCGAUCCACAGUUCCAGUGCGAGGUUUGUCCCUAUGGGGGAGAUGGCCAGUGGUACCGUGGUGCUGGAGGGUGAGGAUGGACCCUCUGGGGACGAGAAGGACGCGAUCGGCCUGGACGAUCUCGGAAGCGAAGCAGAAAAGGCAUGCCCACGCUUCGCCCGUGCCUUCUCGGCGGGGUUGAAGCGGACGCUGACAUACGAGGAGCACAUUAAGGAAGGCGGGAAGAUGGUCGACUUCGCAGGCUAUGCCAUGCCGGUUCAGUACGAAGCCAAGGGCAGCAAGCAUGCCUUGAGCAUCAUUGACUCGACCAAGUGGACAAGAGAGAGCGCUUCUCUCUUCGAUGUCAGCCACAUGUGCAGCAUCAGGUGGACCGGCAAGGACGCCUUUGACUUCGUUGAGCGCGUGACCACCGCUGACGUUUACGGACUGCCACCCAUGACGGGGGGUCUGAGCGUUAUCACCAACGAGCGGGGCGGCGUGAUCGAUGAUACCUUGGUGACAAAGUGCCACUCGAAGGAGCAUGGUGAGCACGUCUAUCAGGUCGUGAACGCCGGUUGCGCUACCAAAGACCUGAAGCACUUCGAGGAGCAGUUGGGGAAAUUUGGUGGCGAUGUGAAGAUGGAGGUGAUGUGGGACAACCGUGGCCUUUUCGCCAUCCAGGGGCCGAAGGCGAUGGAGGUGAUGCAGCGCCUGAGCCCAUCCACGGAUCUGAAGGCCGUGCCCUUCGGCGAGUGCUUUUGGGCCAAGCUCGAAGGUGCCGAGUGCCUCGUCUCGAGGUGUGGGUACACUGGCGAGGAUGGCUUUGAGAUCUUCGUUCCGGGCGCUGCGGCCGUCGCAGUCUGGCAGCUCCUGUCCUCGCAGUCAGAGGUCCGGCUUGCAGCGCUGGGAGCACGAGAUGCCCUCCGCCUGGAGGCAGGCCUUUGCCUAUACGGUCACGAGCUAGAUGAGGACACUACCCCGUCCGAGGCUGGCCUCAGCUGGGUGGUGCCCAAAGCGAGACGUGAUGGAGCCAAGAACAAGUUUCUUGGCAGCGAUGUAGUCCUGGGCCAGCUGGCGGACAAGAGCAAGUACACCAGGCUCAGGGCUGGGCUGAUGCCUGCCUCGGGGCCCCCGGCCCGAGAGGGCGCAGACAUCGAGACGCUGGACGGCCAGGUGGUGGGCAAGGUGACCAGCGGAAGCAUGUCUCCCUGCCUGAAGAAGAACAUCUCUAUAGGUUACAUCAACAAGCCUCACAACAAGCAGGGCACUGACCUCCAGGUCGUGGUCCGCGGCAAGAAAUACCCGGCCAAGGUAACCAAGAUGCCCUUCGUUCCCACCAAGUACUACAAGCCGUGA